GUGUGCACCUGGUUGGCAUGAGGAAAACCAGAAGAAGAACAAGUGGCAAGGUUGUGAGGCAAGCAAAUGGAGAAUGGAAAUGUUAUUUGGGAUAGUAUUAUGAUCACUAGAGAUCCUUUUUCAGGUUUCUCCAGCUGAGUUCUGUGUGCUUCGGAGGGAAAAUGUUGGAAAAAGAAGCCGAUAAGGGGAAGGAGAGCGCCGGGGAGAAAGGCUUCCGGACGCCUGGGUUGAGAGGAGCACAGACCACCACACUGUUCCGUGCUGUCAAUCCUGAACUCUUCAUAAAACCAAAUAAACCAGUGAUGGUAUUUGGGCUGGUGGCCAUCACCUUGAGCGUGGGUUACCUGGGCUAUCUGCACGCCAUGAAAGAAAAUGACCAGCAGCUUUAUGAAGCGAUAGACAGCGAAGGAGAGAGACACAUGAAAAGGAAGACUUCCAAAUGGGACUGAUGGGGAUCCAUGCUGCGCUGCAUCACACAGGCAGUUUGUUGGUGCUUCCACAGGACAAACAACCAAGAAGACUUGCACACUAAUUGUAUCAUGUCCAGUCAAAUAUCUUCUGUGGCUGAUAAAAGCAUAAUAAAUGUGGAAACCACAAAAUAUUUUUCAAAGUAAUUCUAAGAAGAAGACACAUA